AUGGCGAAUGAAGGAGAUCCGCCAGCGACGAGCGGCGAACCGCCACACCAGAACGGCACCGGCAGCGAGCAGGCAAAGGUCAGAGAAUCCGAUUUUUACUCAGUUGCUCGAAUAUUAUCGUCUUUGCUGUUUUAUUCACAGUUUUUUUUGUCAAAAGAUGACGUAGUAGAAGAGUGACGUCAUUGUUCGGGAUCCUUAAAAAAUUUGAAGGGAUUUUUUCAGUCAAAAGUCAUAGGUCAGAGGUGACGUCAUCAGUAUAAAAAUGACGUCACUGUUUUGGAUUUAUGAACAUCGAUUUUGACCUUUUUCAAACUGUUAGGAAAAGUUAGUAUUGUGAUCAUUAUUUUCAUUUAUUUUUUAGGGAAUAACCGCUCAGAUUCGCUAUUUUAUUAAAAAAAAAAAUAACUGGUUUCAAUACUUUCAGCAUAGGUUAAAGGGGACGUAGAUGAAUGACUUGAUUUUGCGUUAUUGAUGAAUUUCGGACUAUUAACUAGCAAUUCUGGCUUUUUAAAGUCUUAUUAGAAGUUUUAUGAAGUCGACAAGGCUUUUAACGUCGUUACCAACAAAAAGGACGGUUUUAGAAUCUUAAAGCAAGGGCUUCAUUAUAAUUAUUUAGACGUGGGGGGCUUUUUUACAUUUUUUUGCCUCAAUCUAAUUGUGAAUGGUGUGUUCGACACUGAUACUAGAUUUAUAUGAUCAUUAGUUUUUUUAAAAGUUGAACCUUCCGAAUCACUUAUUUAUAUGUUUUUUUGGAAAAUCUGAUUGAUGAAGGUUUUUUUGUCGAUUUUUUUAGGACUCUUCUCGAUCAUUUUUUUGGACUAUUUUUUGUACUGCAAAAUAGAAAAUAAGCUUGUUCGAAACUUCGUUUGGAAAGAAUUUGUAUGGGUAAUGUAGAAUGUUUGUGAGCAGCUUUGAAUUUAAAAAAUUUAAAAGCUACAUAUGUUUUUGAGGAAUAUGAACACUUUUGAACGUCAAUGCUUUGCAGCAAGACAGCGGGGCAGCUUUCUUGCGAGCGGCUCGCGCCGGCGACCUCGACCGGGUGCUGGAGCUGCUCCGGUCUGGCACGGACAUCAACUCGUGCAACGCCAACGGCCUGAACGCCCUCCACUUGGCCUCCAAGGAAGGCCAUCUGGACGUCGUCAGGGAGCUCCUGAAGCGAAAGGCUCAGGUCGAUGCUGCAACCAGGGUGAGUUUCUUCUGCUUCUAAUCAAUGAUUUUUGAUUUUCUGAAUGAAACUGUCUUUGUGAAGGGACUUUUUAGGGUUUUUUUGAUUUUUCAGAUUUUUCUAAGCUUGAUUUUCAGUAACUUGAGAAGGAGCGGUUAAAAUGAUUUUUUGGCGAAUUUUUACUUUCAGAAUUUUUCUUUUUGAAAAAACUCAUAUGAAUCCUAAAAAGUUAAAUUUUGAUUUUUCCGAUCUUCUAGGUGGAUUUUCAGUGAUUUUUACGAGAGUUUUCAAAAAAUAGAUUUAUUUUGAUUAGCCGAAUAAGGAGUUUUAUAGUCAUUUUUGGACCUCAAAUGAAAAAAAAAUUGAUUUAUGUGGUUCUGAAGAAAAAAUCUAUCCAAUUUGAGACAGAAAUUCGUAUAUUUUGCCUGGAAAUUUGAUUUUUUGGUAUCAUUUUAUUCUAGUUUUUGCGAUCGUGGGAAAGAUAUUGAUCUUUUAUGAUCAUUUUUUCCGCUAAACGAUUUUUUUUUCCAAAUUUGUGAGCUAAGAGUAUUUUUCAUCAUUCUGUAGCUGUUAUUUGAUUGAGUAACUUUUCUAAAUCGUAGUUUUUCUCACCAUUUUUUAGAUACAGAAAGUAAGAGCUGACCCAAGCUUUUCAAGACUUCAACCAAAAUUUUGCUAUUUUGAGUAAUUUUUAGAACAAAUGUUCAGUAUAUUUUCAUAGUGUAGUCUGUGUUCCACGACUUGAAAUUUCAACGAACGAUAUUCCGCUGUUCCGCUGCGUGCGUUCGCGAAGCGUCUUUCGAGGUCAUGCUUUCAAUUGAUCUUUAUUUCUGUUGGAGCACAUGAAAGUAGAGUACCUUAAUGAAAGAAAAAGAAAAAAUUAAAAGCGCGACUAAGGUUCGCAAAGGCGCGCAGCGGCACAGCGGAAUGUCGUUCGGUGAAAUUCCAAGUCGUGGUACGUAGGCUAUAUCCGACAAAAUUCUUGCCACUUCCAAAAAUGGAAUAAUUAGAACAAUUUUGGUUGGAUUGCAGAAGGGCAAUACUGCGUUGCACAUCGCCUCGCUGGCCGGACGGACUCUGAUCGUGACGGUUUUGGUGGAGAACGGCGCCAACGUCAACGUCCAGUCGGUCAACGGCUUCACGCCGCUCUACAUGGCCGCCCAGGAGAACCACGAAGACGUCGUCCGGUACCUGCUCGGCCACGGCGCCAACCAGGCUCUUUCUACUGAGGUAUGGGCAUUUUGAUGGUUUUUGAGAGGUGGAAGACUUUGGAAGAGAGUUCUAGGAGAUUGAAGACCUUAAAGGAGUUUUUUUGGACAUGGAAGACUUUAAAGAGGAUACUUAGAGUGUUGAGGACUUCAGAGAGGAGUUUUAGGAGUUUAUAGAGUUAAAAAAAGUUUUUAGGAUCAUGAAGACCUUAGUGAAGCGUUUUAGGAGGUUGGAGACCUUAGGGAAGCAUUUUAGGAGGUUUUUUUUUACCAUAAGAAAGAUUUUUAAGAGAUUUGGACCUUAGAGAGAAGUUUAAGGAGAUGAAAGACUUUAAAAAAGUGUUUUAGGAGAUUUGUGACCUUAAGGAAAACUUUAAAAAAUGUGUGACCUUAGGGAAGAAUUUCAGGAGAUUUUUGACCUUAAGGAAGAAUUUUAAGAUAUUAGAAGCGAGAGAUAAUGGUCUCCUGAGAGGCGUCAGAGAAAUAAAGGAUCUCUCUUUCUCUGGUGUUUCUUUAAGACGUGUACUCUCUUAAUUAAAAAUGACUUUUUUUUUGCUUCUUUGGUUCAUUUUCAAGCCAUCGAAAAUCACAUUCCGAACAGAUUUCUCUCUCAUUUUGUCCUCUUCUAAAAAAAAAAAACGAACACCUCCGUUCAGAAAAAAAAGCCAAUUAUAAAGUGCAGUUGUCAGAACCAGUUCCAGUGUGAGUCUGUGAGAGAGCGAAAGGAAAGCUAUCGAAUCGCAAAAAAGGCGCGAUUACGCGUGUCGCGGGAGACUCAGCCGAACAAUGAGAAUGCUCUCAAACGCCAAAUCGCAUUAGGCUCGCGACCGCGACGCCGAACAAUUUCCAAAAACGUUCGCCGACGCCAAUUUUAUAGAUACGUUUCGACGAGGGCAAGGCGGUAUUAUUUGUUGUUGGUCGGGAAUUUUGGAAGGGAAGUGGGCUUUUUUGGGGUUGAAGCUGGAAAAUUUGAGAAAAUUGAGUCUUAGUCCCUCAAAAAGAGGUUGUCAGGGAGUUUUUUGAUUUUAUUUGAAGUUCAAGACGGAUAAUUUUCAAAAAAAUGAAGUCCAUAUACGUUCCGACGAGUGCAGGGCUGUAUUAUUUGUUGUUGAAAGGGAAUUUUGGAAGGGAAAUGAGCUUUCUUUUAGUGUUGAAGCUGUUUGAAUUUAGGGUAAAUGAGCUCAAAAAUAGGGUUCAAGGUAAUUUUCCUGCGUUUGUUUGAAGAUUAAGCUCUGGUUUAUUCAGGAAGAACUUGAUAGAAAAAGCCCUAUUUUUUGAAAAGAGAUUUUUUGGCAGAUCAUGUACAAAAAAAAUGAAUAGAUACGUUUCGACUGGGGCAGGGCGGUAUUAUUUGUUGUCGGACGAGAAUUUUGGGAAGGAAAUGGGCUUUUUUGGGGUUGAAGUUGUGGAAUUCAGGGAAAAAUAAGCCUUGGUCAUUUGAAAACAGGGUUUAAGGUAAUUUUCCUGCGUUUAUUUGAAGAUUGAGCUUUGGUUUUAUUCAGAUAAGGCUUGGGAGAAAUUCUUCAUGAAGAGGAUCCCAUUUUUUUUUUCAAAACAAAACCUUUUGAAGGCUGUUUUGUGGUCGGAUGGGAGUUUCGGAAGGAGAAUGUAUUUUUUUUUUACGAGACUGAACAGUUUGAAAAAAACAUUUUUUUCGCUUUUAUUGGAAGUUUAAGCUCUGGUUUUACUCAGAAGUGUUCAGAUUUUUUUUCAAAGAUCUUUUCUGGAAUAGCCAAGUUUUCCACAUUGUUUACGCUGGAAAGGCCCAGCUUGCGUAUCGAAUUUCCUCCAGUCUGAAUGACAGAUUUGCAUGGAGAAAUACUCGGGAAAGAUUCUUUUUGGGCAGUUCAAUGAAAGAGUCUAAGGCGCUUUGGUCAAAAAGCUUCGGAACCUUUUAAUUAUUUGAUCGAUGCUCCUUGAAAACUUUUUGAGUCAGAUUAUCCAAAAAAUUUUUUGAAAAUGGCUGAGGCUGGCCCGAAUCCGAAGGGUUCUCGAUUCUGGGUUUCUGUUGAAUUUAGGGUAUGCUCCUUUAGAAAGUACGGUAUGGGUUAUAAAUCAAGUUUUUCCGGGAGAUUCGAUAAGCUGACUUUAUAUUUGAACCCACCUUCACCUUGAGACCUUUAUGAGUUCCAGUCAUGCUUCUUCAAAUCAUCUUUGAAUUAGUUUCUCUUGAAACACUCGUUCAAAAAAGAUAACAAAGAUUAUAACUCCCUAUAAAAAGACUCUUCGUCCUGAGACCUCUUAUGAAAACGCCCAAUGCUCCUUUAAACACCACACCAAUCUUUUUUCUGAAGUUUGAAGUUGAUUGGCGCGCUGCCGAGGCUCCAAGCUUGGAAAUGAAAAAAAAAGAGGGAAGAAUGGGAAGAAUGGAUGGAAGAGCCUUCGGCAAUCGAUGCCCUCUGCCUCCUCUUCUGUUUUCCGUGGAUCUUCAGCCUUUCUCGUGUGUGUUCUCGAGAAGUUGAAUUCAAUUUCGACGGCGGCGGCAGCUCUAGAAAAAAAAGCGAGAAACUUGCGACAUGUGCAAUGAAUUUGGCCAAGGGGGCCUUUUCGAAGCGUCGAGUUUGGGAGAAGGUUCAGAAGGAAUUUUUUUUUGAACUGGAGUUUAAAAAUUCCAGAAGAAGACAUUGUGAACCUGGAAGUUGAAAUCAAUAUCAAGAAAGUUAUGAAAUUUGAGUGCGUUUUUUUGGUUUCUUCCACUUAUCGGACAUCGCUGAAAGAUCAUCUACACUUUACUGAACGCCCAAAAAACAAGAAAGGGAUGAGAAAACACGAGGAAUAGGAAACUAAUGGAAUUAGAAGGAAGAACAUCUGCACCCGUCUUUGGAGAAAGGAUAAAUGAAAUUAACUGGAACCAUUUUUUUUUAGGGCUAUGGGGACUUCUAGUCUCGAGCUGAGGGCUUUACACUGAAAUAACUCGGAAAUAGUUACAAAAUACAAUAGAAGAGCUCAUUUUCAGGACGGUUUCACCCCUCUGGCGGUGGCUCUGCAGCAGGGACACGACCGAGUCGUCGCCGUGUUGUUGGAGAACGACACGCGCGGCAAGGUCAGGCUGCCGGCGCUGCACAUCGCCGCCAAGAAGGACGACACCAAGGCCGCCACCCUCCUUCUACAGGUUCGUGGAAGAUUGAUAAAGUUAGAAAGCAGGGCGUUCAGAGAAAAAAAAAGCCUAACCUCUCAUUUUUGAACGCUCUCUAAUUUUCGGAGAUCCUGCCGAAGCUGACAAAAUUUAUUUGUUUGCUCCACGGACAACAUGCAGACCAUUCUUAAGUUCUUUUGUUUCAACUCUCGAAAUGACAUUUAAAGUAUUCUUAGGCCAAACAGGACGCGCAACGAAAGUUUCUGAACAUUUCUAGUGACCACUCUAGGGCUGUGCACUUUCAAAUGAUCACAGAUCGCAAAUAUUUCGCUCGCAAAAAUCAAAAAUUUUGACGCUCGUUCUUUCUUCGGCUGAAUUUUCACAGUUUUUUCGUUUUCUGCCUUCUGAUUAUUUUACGUGAUGCUGACUUUCAGAACGAGCACAACCCCGACGUGACAUCCAAGUCCGGGUUCACGCCGCUCCACAUCGCGGCCCACUACGGCCAUGAAAACGUGGCGACGCUUCUGCUGGAACGCGGCGCCAACGUCAAUUUCCAGGCCCGACACAACAUCAGGUAGAUCAUAAUUUGUAGACCUGGGUAAAGCUAAGAACAGAAGGUCUUUAAGGGCAAGGUUUAUUGACAAGGGGGAUGAAAAAAAACUUGAAAAUUGCUAUUUUUGGUAGGAAUCUACUCUAGAAACCUAAAUUCUAAAAAAUUUCAAGUUUUGACCAACUUCCCAUUGUUCUGACUCUACAAGGCUAUGCGAAACUUCCAGAAAUAUAUUUGAUAUGACCCAGGAGGUCAAACCUUAGAUUUUACCGCCAAAAUUCAAAUUUUUACCGCGCUAUCAUGAGGUGUCUUCCUCUUUCUAUCUUUAUCAAGGUUUUAUGGAUUUUUUUCCAUUCUUUUGAACUAAUUUUUUUCAUUUUUUUCUCAAAAAUCACAUAAUCCAUUAAAAUCAGUUAGAAAUUUUGGUCAUUCACGUUUUUUUUUUGGGCUCUAGGAAAAAGGGUGCAGCUGUUCUUUCUCCGUAAUUUUAUUAGUAUCCAUUUUAUCUGUUCUAAAAGAUCUUCUCCAGUUUGUUAUAUUUUAUAGAGUACUGAGAAAUGUCUAGAUGUUCUUAUAAGGGGUUUUCAAUGGAUGAAAUUAAACAGAAAAAGUUUUUUUACUUUUUGAGGAUAUUUUUAGGGAACUUAUUAUGAUGAAAGUUGCUUUGAAGCUUUUUUUGAAGUUUAGAGAUUUUUUUCCGAUUGAGAGAGAAGUCCAAUGAUGAUGCUUUUUAGGUUUUAAAAAAAUUCGAAAAAAAUUUUUGAAAUUUUUUCAAAGUAGCUGUCAGGAAAGCUUGGAAAGUACCAAAAAAAUGUACUUUAUUUUUUUAAUUUUUAAACGUUUUCAAAACGUUUAACGGACUUUUUGGAAUAAUAAAGUUGAUAAAAAAAGCGUAUAACUAUAAUUUUAACCGUCAUAUAAUAGAAAAAAACCUUUUUAAAAUGAAUGAAGGAGCAAUUUUUUCUCGCUCUUUGCGGUAGAACAGCUGCCUUCUCAACUGAGCCCAGCGAUAAAGACGAAAUUGCGGCGGGAAAGAAAAUUUAUAUGCAUUUCCAAUCUCACUUUCCCCUCGUAUCGCACUCGUCCAAAGAGCAAUCGGAUAGCAUUUCUUUAAACUUUUCGACGACGUUCGGGUGUUGUGUUUCCGUUGAGCCGUUGGGGAAAACGCGAUUUCGGAGCAUUUUAAAUUGUUUUGAAUCGAAUGGGAACUAAUGGGGAGUUCAAGAGUAGUAUGAUGAAAGAAGGCUUGAAAAAUGGCGAUAAAAGUUUGAUUUUGAAUGACUUUUGAAAAAAUGGAUAAAAGAGAUUGAAAAUUAACUGAAAAAUACGGAAGUUUGAGUGUAGUAUUACACAAGGAUGGUCUGAGAAAAGGAGGAAUAAAGUUUGAAAAAAUAAAUAAUCGGUUUAAAAAAAAGUACAGGUUUUCUGAACAGAUUAGAAUAACUGCAACUACGAAAUCUUCUGAAAAAAAUGCUGAUUUUUUUGAUUUUUAUCUUCAAAAAAAUAGGUCUUCAUAUUCGUCAACUUCCAUAAAUUUGAUUUUUUUAAGCUGUGAAUAAAUUCAAAAAAAUUUCAAGGAAAAAUCGAAUAGGUCUAUUUCUGUGACGUCAAUGCCAAGCGGGCAUGAAAAAUUGGCAUAAUUUUCUAAAUUUCCCUCAUAAUCUAAGAUUUUUCAGUCAUUUUUUGUUUUAAGCUUCAGCGGACCAGUGACUUUAGACUUCUCGAAUGGAAGUUUAGGUGUGAAGGAAAACUUUUUUUGGUGUCAGGAGGAACUGAAGUCAAAUUUCAUCAGAAACUAAACCGUAAACGUGUUGUAAGAUGAUCAACAAAAAAAAAGAACUCUUGGCAUUUUCAGUCCGCUUCACGUCGCCACGAAAUGGGGCCGUGUCGACAUGGCGAACUUGCUGUUGAAAAAAGGCGCGGUGAUCGACUCAAGGACGAAAGAUCUGCUGACGCCGUUGCACUGUGCGGCAAGGUCCGGCCACGACCAAGUCGUCGAUCUUCUCGUCGUCCAGGGCGCGCCGAUCUCCGCCAAGACCAAGGUGAUUGAACUGUUCGGAUUAAUCAGAGCGGCAUAGCACUCUUAGCAUAAGUUCAUUGUCAUUUUUGAGUUCAAGAGCUCUUUUAAGUAUAGUUAUGUCCAAGAAACUUGAGAAACUUGAGAUCUUAAGAACUUAAAAGGUAACUUUUUCCGAUUUUCGGGUCUGAUGAAUAGAUCUGAACCAGAACAGAGCAAAGAAACUGACGAAAAAUUGAAAAGACACUAAGAUUGACAUUUUUCAGAACGGACUGGCUCCCCUGCACAUGGCCGCCCAAGGCGACCACGUCGACGCCGCCAGAACUCUUCUGUACCAUCGAGCACCUGUCGAUGACGUCACCGUCGACUACCUGACGCCGUUGCACGUCGCCGCCCACUGCGGACACGUCCGAGUCGCCAAGCUUCUGCUCGACAGGAAUGCGGACCCCAAUGCCAGGGCUCUCAACGGAUUCACCCCGCUGCACAUCGCCUGCAAGAAGAACCGCAUCAAGGUGCGUAGACUCAUUUUUGUCUUGGGGCCAUGGAAAUGAUGGUUUUACCUGAGUAAAUAGGUGGUAGAAGUUAUGAGAGUUAAGAGAAGUACUUUUUCCAUCAGGUACCUAUUUUUAGUUUCCACGACCCAGCUUCAAGGCUUUAUUUGGUUGAAAGAAAAAAAAAAUCUUCAGCCUGACCACUUCUAUCCAUAGAGCGCAGAUUCCUUAACUUUCAGAUUUUUGGCUUUAUCUAGCAAAAUUAAUCCUUUAACUGCUGUUUUGCUGAGCUUCAGGUUCAUGUAGUAAAAUUAGAAAUUUUUGAAAGCCCACCUGCACAUCUAAAUGCCUCAGAAUGUUCAACUUAAUUUCGGUGGUUUUAUUCAACUCCGAAAGCAGGAUAACCUGGCGAGCUUCUUCUUUGGAAAAACUAAGUCCCAGACUCAAAACUCCAUUUUUCAGGUCGUUGAGCUCCUGCUCAAGUACCGAGCUGCCAUUGAAGCGACCACCGAAUCUGGACUGACUCCUCUGCACGUCGCCUCCUUCAUGGGCGCCAUCAACAUUGUUAUUUACCUUCUCCAGCAGGUAGCCUUUCCCCCAGACUUUCACGAAGAACAAACUAUUUUUCUUCCAGGGAGCCAAUCCAGACGUAGCGACGGUCCGAGGCGAGACUCCCCUCCACCUGGCGGCCCGUGCCAACCAGACCGACGUCGUCCGCGUCUUGAUCCGCAACCAAGCCAAGAUCGACGCCCAGGCCAGGGAGCUCCAGACGCCGCUGCACAUCGCCAGUCGUCUUGGAAAUACGGACAUCGUCGUCCUGCUCCUCCAGGCUGGCGCCAACGCCAACGCCGCCACGAGGGAUCAGUACACGCCUCUGCACAUUGCUGCCAAGGUGAUUAUCGAUUAGGGAAUCUUGAAAAUGAGAUUGGUUAGGCCAAAAUGAUGCAGAAGGUUUCUUGAACCAGUGAUAGGACUAAACUUAAAUUUAGUGGUUUCUUAAGAAUUUCCAUUGAUUCAGUCUCAUUUUGAGCGGAAACUUGGUAGGGUUGCCCAAAAUUCUGUAGAGGGAGAGAUCAACAAAGGCUUGGAGAGAUUCUAGAGAAAAUUAGGGAAAAAAAAUGCUUCAUUUCAAACAUCCCUAGAGUUUUGAAGUUAGUAUGAGAAUGAGAAUGAGGACCUUCUUAUUUCCAGGAAGGACAAGAAGAAGUGGCAGCGAUCCUGCUCGACCACAAUGCCGACAAGCAGAUGCUCACGAAGAAAGGCUUCACGCCGCUGCACUUGGCCAGCAAGUACGGCAACGUCGAGGUCGUCAAAUUGCUUCUGGAGCGCGGCACGCCCGUCGACAUCGAGGGCAAGAAUCAGGUGACGCCGCUCCACGUCGCUGCUCACUACAACAACGACAAGGCGAGUUUUGGGUGGAGUUCUGGGUCGGUGAUCCAAAUCAUUAGAUCAUUAUACUUUUUACAGUCUUACUGGGAUAGUGGGCCCUUUAGGGUUUUGACGUUAUAGUGGCCACUUAAGUGGCUUAAGGUCAGUGACCUCUUUAGAAGUCUGAUUGGGGCUACUAGGCCAAUGAACAAUGCUAUAGUGGCCACUUAAGCUUCCUCUCCGAGAACUUCUCGAGGAACCUUUUAAGUGACCACUAGAGUUUCCUCAAAUAAGUUCCUUCAUCUGAAAAUCAGGCUACUCUUGGAUAUUGAAUAUUUCUUGAACAGACUGUGAAGAAGUCACUUUUGAGAAUCAGUUCGUAGCCAGAGUCAGGAAAAAAACAAUUCAAGAUUUACAAGAUAGGGAAAAGAAAGAAGCACGAAUUGAAGAACUUACACGACACUUUCAGGUUGCAAUUCUUCUCUUGGACAACCACGCUUCGGCAAAGGCCGCUGCGAAGAAUGGCUACACUCCUCUGCACAUCGCCGCCAAGAAAAAUCAGAUGGACAUUGCAUCGACACUGCUACAGUUCCAUGUAAGGGAAUUUCAGCAAAAUUAAACCUAAAUUCCAAGCAAAAUCUAUUCAUUUUCGGUUUCUGCUAUUGAAAAAUGACUCUUCCAAGCUUUUCUAAAAUUGAAAGGAAGACUUUCCGCAUGCUCUAGACAUCAGAAAGAAAAAAGCAGGAUCCGGAAGAGACGCCAGAGAUAAAGAAACUUUCUGACCGCUUCAUCUGAUCUCUUGCUCUUCAAGAUUUCUUUCAAAAAGUCCGCCAACCUUCAAAGUUCGCUCCAUCGAGAAAAACCUUUGACGCCUUUUUUAGAUAAUUGGGCUGCUUUUUCGGAUUUGGAAGGUUGUAGUUUUAAAAAAUUUGAGAAACUAGUUUCAAUUAGAAAUUAAAACUAAAAUCUAUUAAAAAAAUAGUUGAGAAUGAAUUUUUCUAGACUCACCUUAUCUAUUAGGGAGAUGAUCAAACUCAGCUUCUUUACAAGUAUUUUUCGAAUUAUUAGGCUAUCUUCUAGUGAUUUCUUUGAUUUCAGGCGGAUCCCAACGCAAAGUCCCGAGCCGGCUUCACCCCUCUACACCUGGCGGCCCAAGAAGGCCACCGCGAGAUCUCGGGCCUGCUGAUCGAGAACGGGUCCGACGUGGCGGCCAAGGCGAACAACGGCCUGACCGCCAUGCAUCUCUGCGCCCAGGAGGACCGAGUCCCCGUCGCUCAGAUCCUCUACGACCACGGCUCGGAGAUCAACAGCAAGACGAACGCCGGCUACACCCCGCUCCACGUCGCCUGCCACUUUGGCCAGCUCAACAUGGUCAAGUUCCUGGUCGAACAUGGCGCCGACGUCGGCGAGAAGACCCGCGCCUCGUACACACCGCUUCAUCAAGCCGCCCAACAGGGACACAACAACUGCGUCCGGUAUCUGUUGGAGAAUGGAGCUUCGCCUAAUGAGCAGACCGCUGUGAGUUUUGGGGGAGUCAUUUGGAGUCUCGUUUGAGAAAAAGGGUUUUUUUGUAGUUUGAGGAAAUAAUUAGCUUGGAGUUUUUAUGCUUAUCUUUUGCGAGCACCUUGGCGUUCAUGGCGUCAUUUGGAGCCUUGUUCGAGAAAAAGAAAGAGAAAAAUCAAGUUUAUAGAUAUGAAAAAUGUUAUAAAGCAAAAAAAGCUUGGAGUCUUUUCAUAGGAUAACUUUUAUGCUUAUUUUUAACAAGUUCCUCGCCCAAUGAGCAGGCCUUUUUUCGGCAUCAAAGCGUCAUUUGGAGUCUUGUUUGAGAUAAAGAAAAAAAAGCAUUGAUUUUCUGGAGACUGAGACAGUUUAUAAGCAAUUUACUCAAAGAAACGAGUUCCCCCAAAUUUUUCUAGCUCAUAAAGUUUUCGUGCUCCAAAAAAGACUAAAAUGUGAUCUUUCCGCUCAAAAGUUCAUUUUUGGCUCCCUAAUCUGAAGCUUUUCCCGAAGAAAGGAAGACGAAGAAGAAUCACCCGCCUUCUCUCUUUUUUUUCGCUUUGUAAACGAGUUGAAGGCGAAAGAAAAGUAAUGGACUAGCUUUUGAAGUGCGGCCUUGUGGGCUCCUCCGAACUCAAAUUUAUCGACGUUUUGAAGGCAGCAAAAAAAAGAGUCCCCAAAGAUUUUCGGCACUCGCUUUGUUCGUCGUUUUUGAAUAGAGAUGAACAUUGUCUUCGGCGCUUUAUUAUGAUCUUGGCGACUCGAAUUUCAAGAAUUUGAGAUGAUUCUUCGCGUUUUCCCAGCCUUUUGGAGCUUUUUUUUGCUCUUCUUUGAGAUUUUAGAGCUCCGGAUUUGUUAAAAGCAAUGAGUUCCCUCUAGUGAUCCCUUGAGAAAGUAAACUUUGGGUUUUAUCAGAUUCCGAAGACUUUUUUCGAAAUAGAAAAUUUGAGGUUCGGACCACAAAAUUUAGAUUUUUGGCGUCAAUAUCCAUUUUUAAGUCGUCUGGGUUCUUUUUUGCUCUUUUUUGAUAUUUAAAAGUUUAGUACCCUAUAAAGGCGAUAAAUGCCCUCUAGUGAGCACUUGACAUAGUGAAUUUUUUUUUUCGAAAUGUGAGAAUUUUUUCAAAGUUGAAAAUUUGAGGUCGGGUCACAAAAUUUAGAUUUUAGCGUCAGUAUUCAUUUUUAAAUAAUUAAGGUUCUUUUUUCUCUUUUUUUCAAUUAGGAGUUUUCAUCAUCAAGUGAGAGAUAGCAGUGACCUGAAGAGACGCCAGAGAAUCAAAGAUACUCUGUUUCUUUGGCGUCUCUUCAAAACACUGCUGCUCUCGUAGCUUUCAAGAUCCCAAGUUUUUUUGCCUCAUCAUUUUAAAAAUUUGACUGGUGUACACCUUUUACUAUCAAAAUUUUUCACAAAUAUUUCCUCCCUUAAGAUUUAAAAAAAUAAUAUUUAUAGUUUGCUCCCCGAUUUUUGAGUCUAUUGCUCGAUUCCUUAAGCUAUAUUGACCCCCCAUCGAAGUCAUGGAAAAUAUGACGUGUUUGCAGAACGGACAAACGCCGUUGGCGAUCGCCCAACGGCUCGGCUAUGUGUCGGUCGUCGAGACUCUGCGGACGGUAACUGAGACGACGGUCAUCACGGAGACGACCACCGUCGCCGAUGAACGCUACAAGCCCCAGAACCCCGAGGCGAUGAACGAGACCAUGUUCUCGGAGAGCGAGGACGAGGGACAGGCCGCCGAGCACGAGGCUGCCGCUGAACACGCCAAGGUGAGACCAGGAAGCUUCAAGUAGUUAGAACUAGCCAGUGAGACUGGAAGAGCUUCUAGAUUUUGCUGUUGAACAGACUUUGGUAAGGGGUGAAGUAGUGGUCAUUUUAGGGGUUAGACUGAAGGUUCUAACGUCCAGAAAUGCUUUGAAAGGCCUGAAAAAGCUUAUAGUGUCGGCUCUUGAGCACGCCAAGGUAAGAAAAGGGAGGGGGGUCCUUUUAGGGGUUUGAUGUAAGCUUCAAAAAGUUAUAAUUAACUACGGAAGGCUCAAAAAGGCCUCCAGAGUUUUCUGCAGAACAGGUUUAGAAUAGGGGUCCUUGUAGGGGUUAGAAUAGGGCUUUUAGCUCCUAGAUAUAACAAUUGUAGGCCUGAAAAACCUCUAGAAGUUGCUGCUGAACACGCCGAGGUGACAGCUGGAAUAGUGAUCCUUUUAGGGGUUUGAUGGAAGUUUCUAAAAGCUUGAAAAAACUAUCAGGUUCUGCUGUGGAACAACCCAAGGUACGAGCAGGAGUAGUGGUCAUUUUAGGGGUUAGACCGAUGCUUUUAGAACCUAGAAAUAGUCAUUAAAGGCCUGAAAAGCCUCUAGAAGUGGCUGUUGAACACGCUAGAGUAAGUUAAAAAGUAGUGCUCACUUUAGGGGUUAGACCCUAGUUUUAAACUGUCAAUAAAGAUAGUAACCACUAAAGGGGUUUUAAAAUCCUCCAGACCUUGCAAGAAAGAAAAACCUUGUAACUUUCCUCUAACGAACACUGGCGAAUUUUUUCUUCAAGAACGCUUGAUUAUUUGAUGUCACAGUGCUGGAAAACUGUAUAAAAGUAAGGUCAAACUUCAAAAAAAAAAGUUGAAGAACAGUGAACUGAAAAUGUAGUAUCUGCAGGACUUCUCGGACAACUUGACGCAAGCGUUGGCGGACUCGACGGGUGUCCACAUGAUCCACACUGGCGAGCAGGUGACACAUCCCUUUCCACUAUUAAAUUUUUUGCCAUCCCGUUGGCUUUGCCGAGUUGCCUCCCAGUGUGUCUUCUCGUUGAAAUGUAGCAUUCUACACCCCCUUUUUCAUCUUUGAAAGACUGCUCUUUGUAGGGAUAAGACGCAGAUGGUAGUUAUUAAUUGAAUUUGUUUCCGUUGGAUUCGAUGGACUAGAAAGUAGAGUAUAGACCUAGUAGAAUAGUUUAAAGGCACAGGGCGUGGCUUGACUUUCUAAAUGCAUUUUUUUAAAGGCGCAUUGUAAAUCACGAGAAAGAAAAUUUUGAAAUUUGUGAUUUUUUUUUCAAGUUAGAGCUUAUAGAAGCUAUAAGUUUAGAAGGAUUUUUUUUUUGAAAUUUCUAUUUAAAGGCGCAGGUGGAGCUUAAAAAAAUGUUAUUUUCAAAACAGAAAUUUCUAAAAAAAUUUUUUUAGGAAAAAAAGUUUAAAAACUCAUUCGUUUUUUUGACUUUGAUUACUUGCGAAUAGUUCAAAUGAUCCACAAAAAAAUAGAUUUUUCAAAAAAAUGUUUAUUUAAAGGCGCAUAGAGGAGCUUGAAAAUAUUAGUUUCGGAACGAAUCCUAAUAAACUACAAGGGCGAGUAUAAAACUACAAAGUUAGUGAUUCACAUGACUUGGUUAUUUUUUCUAAAGCGGUUGAAAACAUUUUGGAAUGUGAACUUUAAAGGCGCAUAGCGCAGCUCAAAGGUAAUAAUUUAAAACGAAAUGUUCACUCGGAUGAACUGCAAGAAUAGGUAUAGAACAACGCAGCUCGCGAAUUCCAUGACUUGAUUGAUGGUUUAGAAAACGAGUGGUUCAAAAGAUCCGCAGAAAAUUGAUUUUUGAAAACUUUCAUUUAAAGGCGCAUAGCUCAGCUCAAAGAUAUUAGUAUUUGAACGAAUUUUUUUAGAAUAAACUGCAAAAAUGACUAUAUAACUACGAAGUUCGUGAAGUCCAUGACAAAAUUUAUGCGUCUUUUUGUGUGUUGUCCGUUUGGGGCGCCUAUUCAUAAAUUAUCUUAUUACGGCAUCUAGGUCGGCCCGCCCCAAUAAUCGUUCUUUUCCCCUUAUAGUUCUAGUACACUUUUUCCAGUUUGAAAAAAUACCUUUUUUUCCAGCAGGUGAAAAAGUUUGUUGCUAUGGUUUUUCAUUGGAAAAGUUUUAUUUUUACGAUUAUUGAAUAGGUUUUGAGCGAAGUUUUCAACGCAUUUUUGAAAGAUUUUGUUGAUUUUGUGAGGAUAUGUAGCUUUUUUUUUUUCAAUUGUAAGAGUUUUUGAGUGAUUUUUAGCGGCUUUUUUUCAACACGUUUUUGGAAGAUUCUAAUGAUUUUGUAAUGAUUUAUAGUUUAGAUUUGCAAAUUUUCUAUUUUUACUCGAUUUUUUUGAGUGGUUUUUGUUAAGCUCUGCAGAGAUCUAGAGUUUUAUUUUUUUAGGAAAUUCUAGUGGUUUUUUUAGCGGCUUUUUUUCAACAGGUUUUUUGAAAAAAACUUUGUGGAUUUUAUAAUGAUUUUUUUAGUUCAGAUUUGAAAAAAAGUUCUAUUUUUAUCCGAUUUUUGAUUGGUUUUUGUCAAGUUUUGGCACGUUUUUAAGAGAUUUUGUUAAAUUCAUAACGAUAUGUAGUUUAGAUUUGAAAAAAGUGCUCUUCUGCUCGUUUUUUGGAUGGUUUCGAGCGACUUUUUGCCUUUUUUUUUCCUAGAAUAACACGAUUUUUUGCAGUUGCUGUCGAGAAGCGCAGAAUUGGAAGGGGCUCCAAGCCGCAUCUCGACGACAAAAGUUGGACAAGGCCAUGACGCGACGGACAACAUUGAGGAACUCGUUCGAAAGGCACAGGUAAAUCGUUUAGCUGGGAGAAAUUGGGGAGUCUAGAGAUUUCUCAUGAUUAGUGGCUCUUUGUAUGCUGAAAUUUUUAUUCACAGUGCAAUUUUUGAAAAAAAAAAGGGUUCAAAUUUAACUUGAUAUAGGGGAUAGAAAGCAGUAAAGAAUCACCAGAAGUCAGAAAAAAAAGGAUUUUGAAGGGUUUCUGAAAAAAAUAGACUUAAAAGGAAGCUUGAUUUGGAGAUUUUUCAGGUUGAGAAAAUGGAAAAAUAUUUUUAGGAUUUUUUUUUUGAUUUUUUGAGCUCCAAUUUUUCUCUUAAAACACAUCAGAAGCUUGAAAGGCUCUUUUGAAAUGAUCUGAAGUUUCUUUCCCCAAGAAGUAUAAAAAAGAAGUUUAAAAAUAAACACCGAUUAAGCUAUAUAUAAGUUUCGUUUUCGUCGGAAAGCCAAAAAUUUGACGAGAAACGUCGGCGGCACAGUUUUCUUGUUGCAAAAGUCGCCCAGGGCGGCCGCCCGCUUCUCCCCCGCACUUUUCCCCCCAAUAUCCGCCUCGAUUCAUCAUUUUGACGCCGCCAAUCUCUCCGAUCGAAGGAUGGGCGAAUGAUGAAGCAAUUAUUGCGAAUUCUUCACUUUUCGCCCUUUUUUUUCUUUUGGCUUUCACUGAUAUUUGGAUUUUUUGGCUUUUUUCGAUGAAAGUUGUAUUUUGAAAAUUUUUUAUUCGAAUCUAACUUUUUUGACGAAAAUAUGAGGUGAAAGGUACUUGAAAAUUGCCCCCAAGUCUAAAAUUUAAGGCUAGUAAAAGACGGAAAGAUUGAAUAUGAACAGAAAAAAAAUGGUUCAAAUUCAAGUAAAAAGGCAGAAAAUCCAGAAUUUCUUCCUUCUUAGGAAAAAAAAUCGAUUUUUUCUACAAAAUAAGUUGUAAUAUUUUUUUGUGACUUGUUAGAUGAAAAAUAUUAUUUCAAUAUUGCUCAAAAUCGGUGUUUUUGAAGGCUAGGAAAGGGUAGAAAAUUCAGGAAUUCGGUUACAAAAAAAUCGAUUUCAUUUAGUUUUGAAAAAUCGAUUGGAAAUUUUUUUCUAUAUAAUACGCUUUUUUUCUACAAUGAUUAUUUUUCCAAGAAAAGUAAUUUUUGAAAUUUUUUUCCGUUUCAGUUGAAACAUGGAAAAUUGAGGAGUUUUCAGAAUUUUUUUGUGGAAAUUUAAAAGUACGAGCUUCUAUGUGGAAGUUUUUGUAGUGAUUCUAAAAAUAGGCCCCCCUUUUUUUAAAUGUAAAAAAAGUGUAAAAAGUUUGUCAGAAGAACCGAUGAUUCAUCUAAAGAUAAAAAGAAACUCACUGAAAAAUGUUUUUUUAUUUUUCCAGGCGCAUCCGGUGAACGCGAGGGCAACACUGGAGAACACGAUGCUGGACAAUUCCUACCAUCAGGACAACGUUCCCAUCGGAAACCAUGUCACCCAGCCGAGGUAUUCAGUUUCUUCAGUUAUAAAAAAAUAAUAUCAACAUCUCUUAAGUUUAUUGAAGCUUUUUAGGUUAAUUUUUAGGUUCAGCAAUGAUUUUUUUCAACUUAUUUAUUUAUAGUUUCGGGCUUUCAGUUCAUUUUAUGGACAUAGUUUUAGUUUCACAAUGAUUUUUAGGUUAAUUUUGGGUUCAGUAAAGGAUUUUUUUCAUUUUCAGUUGAUUUGAUAGAUAUAAUCUAGUAUAACAGGACUUUUUUUAGAGUUUGAACUUAAUUUUUUUAGUCAAAAAAACGGUAAAAAUUGAAAAAUCGGUUCAGGUUCCUUAAAAAUUGAUGAUUCAAGUUCCUAACGCUUUUUUUUCCUGAGUAAUUUUGAUUUUUGAACUUUUUUUAACCUGAUUCAAUCAAUUAAUCAAAAAAAGAUGGAAAUUCAAAAAUUUUAGAAAUUUCGAAUUUUUUUCGCCUACUGAGUGAUUUUUUUCCAUUUUUCUCAAAGCUUUAUUCAUUAUAAACCUUAAGAAAAUCACAAGAAAUGCAUGAGUCAUGACACUAACGAAACCUCUCAAAAUUAAAAAAAGCAUGUUAUUUUAAAAAAACCGAAAAGUUGAAGUGAAAAAAAUAACCAAAUUUUACCGAUUUGCAGUAAACUUCAACACAAAACGUAAGUUCGAAUCAAUUAAUUUGAUUUUUUUCCCUCGUGUAUUAUUUGGUUUUUUGAUGUUGUACCUUUUUUUGAGUUCGGUUCCCCUGCAUGUUUUUGUUGAAUUUUACCCAAUUGGCCAGAAAAAACUUUUUUUUUUAAAAAGUUGAUUUUUUUCUGGCUGGAAUUUUCAGUGCACUCCCCACACUGCAUGUUGGGAAAUUGGAAGAGUUUCGGGAUAGAAAAUCGAUAUUUUUCUGGGAAAAAUCUUGGGUUUUGUUCUGCGCACUGCAAAAUAAGGUAUUUAGAGAUUUAGCCAAGUUUGAGGGGUCAUUUAAGUUAAAAAAUGUUUUAGAACGGUUUUAAAAAAAUGUUUUUGUUAGUUUAGGCAAUAUUUGAUGGAAACAAGGCGAAUCAAAAAGAAAAAAUUUGAAAAUUUGAAAAAUUUUUACCAUAGUUCAAUCACCGCUGGCUUGAGAGAAUAUGGUCUCGACGAGAAAUAGCAUGCGAAAAUAAGAGGUUCAGACAUCUCUGAAUCGUUUUUCCUUAAGCUAGCGGUGAAUGGACUAUGAUUUUUUAGUCUGGAAAAGUUCAAAAAAUUGGUUUAGAAGAGAUGAUCUAUAGGAAUAGGCCAAAGAGUUCUGGCUUCUUUCGACUUGGAAAAAAGUUAGUAGAACCCCUUUUUACGCCGUAAAUAGUCCAAUAAAUGGGUUCAUCUCAAGGAAAAAUCUAUCAAGAAAAGUAGAGAAAACCUGAAGCUUCUGUAAGGGAAGACGUCCAUUUAAAGGCCGUCUCAUAUAGGUAUUGAAUUUCUCGGGGAAUUUCCGAUGCCCUCGCAGUUUAUAAGCCACACAAGCCAACAAUAUGUGUGUGUUGCGUGUGCCGUUUUAUAAAUAAAAAGGGCCGAAUGCCAACAUUUUGGCCUCGUUCCAGUAUGUAUUGUAAACAAAUCCCCCGAUUCGCCAUUGCCUGAAGGCGAAUAUUCGUCACCUCUACGAAAUGUGCCCUGAUACGAACCUCAAAUAAAUGAGAACUUUGGGUUUUUUCUUCUCCCACUUUCGUACUGCUGUUUUAUUGAUCUACCAUAUUUCCUAGUACUAACAUGAGCGGGUUGGUUUUUCUUUGACUUUGCCUAAAGUUGCAUGAAAAUGGAUAGAAAAUCCCUGGACAGAGAUUCUGAAUAAGUUGAAUUUUCGACCUACACGUGCAUGAAAACGGAUUGAAAAUGUCAAAUUCAACAAAUGAAUUUUGAAUUUUUUUCGCGUUUUUUCGAUUUUCGAACUUUGACCAAAACAGAAAAUGAUUAUUUUGCGAAUUUUUAGCUGGAAAAGAAAAAAGGGGUUUUCUAAAAUUUCGGCAAUUUUUGAAACCAUCAAUUAGUGAAUAAAAUUGCAUGAACAUGUUUGAAAACUGUUGAUUUUUGAUAUGAAUUUCGAUUUUUCCCGACUUUUUCGAUUGUCGAAGUCCGACUUUGACCAUUAGAAACGAAAUUUGGUCUGGAAGAAGCGAUUUUCGAGCAAUUUUUCGGAUUUUAGACCUUUUUCAACAGUUUCCUAAAAGUUAUAAGGAAAAUUCAAGAUUCAAGCUGCACAGUAACGUUCACAUUGCAUGGAGUUUUGCACGUUUCCUUCAUUUUUCAUAUUUUUUUCACGAUUUUCUUCAUGAAUCAAAUAUUUUUCUUCAAAGCACCUUUUAAGUUCAAAAAAAAAAUAUAUAUCGUAAAAAUGGUGGUUUUUUCUUUUCAGUUUUCGUGUUGUGAAAAUUUCGAUGGAUUCGUGUUGAAAUGAAAAAAAGACGAAAAAAAGGCAUGUAUGCUCCACGGAUAAAACUUGCAAAAAAUCAAGUUUUGAAUUUCUACCUAGACUUGUGCUCUACGGACAAAAUUAGAGUAAAAUAAAGUUUGAGGAAAAAAAAAUUUUUGGAGCUUUUUUUCAAUCUUUUUCAUGAUUUCAACUCGAAUCGAUUGACUUUUGGGAAGGGAAAAUUAUGUUUACUCCGAAAAUUAAUUAAUUGAUUAUUUUUUAGCUUCCUCAUCUCGUUCCUGGUCGACGCCAGAGGUGGAGCCAUGCGUGGCUGCCGUCAUUCGGGCGUCCGAAUUAUUGUCCCGCCACGAAAAGCCAGCCAACCAAUCCGUGUUACCUGUCGGUACCUGCGAAAGGUUGCACCUCUUAAAAUUUCUUUUUUAUUUUCCCCCGAUUUCCAGGACAAACUGGCGCACCCGCCACCGCUGAGUGAAGGCGAAGAGUUGGCGUCGCGGAUUCUGGAGAUGGCGCCGGCCGGCGCUAAAUUCCUGGGUCCGGUCAUCCUGGAAGUCCCGCAUUUCGCCUCGCUGAGGGAUAGGGAACGAGAAAUCGUCAUUUUGCGAUCUGAUGAUGGUCAACACUGGCGGGAGCAUCAGCUGGAGGCCACCGAAGACGCUGUCCAGGAGGUAUUUUUAAGAUGAUUUUAGAGUACUGUAAGAGGAAAUUCCGCAAUAUUGCGUCGUGUCUUCUGUGUUUGCACUGUCUGCGUUUGGAAUCUUCCAUUUAGAGAAAAAAAAUUGCCUCGAUGGUUCCGCGUGGAAUUACUAGUUUUUCGGCACGACCGACCUGAAACGACUUGCGCUUCAAGGCAUCAGGAAGUACUGAAGCAAGCUGUUGAUAUUAAAAUUCACGACGCUCUGAGCCAUCCUACGCACGAUGUGGAAAGAAAAAAAGAAGGAACUCGUUCGGACAGUGCAAACACCGUAAAUCUGACGCAAAAUCGCAGAUUUUCAGUUACAGUAGGAGAAAAAAUCGCUUUCUUUCAGCGCUCUUACUUCCUUAAGAAGCUGAAUUUUUUCCAGGUUCUCAACGAGUCGUUCGACGCCGAAGACCUUGCUCAACUCGACGACCUGCACACGCCAAGGAUUACCAGGAUAUUGACUAGCGAUUUCCCCAUGUACUUUGCCGUCGUGACGAGGGUCCGACAAGAGGUAAUCGUUUUUCGGUCUCAUAGGACCUCGGCCUCAUUUGGAGUUCUAGACUUCUAAGAUUUCUGAAAAAAAUUUUUGAUAAUCGUCUUUUCCCAUUUUCAAAGCCUGUUCCAGGUCCACUGUGUCGGCCCUGAAGGCGGCGUGAUCAUCUCCUCGGUGGUGCCACGAGUGCAGGCCAUCUUCCCCGACGGCUCCCUGACCAAGACGAUCAAGGUGUCGGUGCAAGCGCAGCCGGUUCCCCAAGAGAUGGUGACGCGACUGCACGGCAACCGAGUCGCGGUGUCGCCGAUCGUGACGGUCGAGCCGCGACGUCGCAAGUUCCACAAGCCGAUCACGCUCUGCAUCCCGCUACCCCACAGCAACAACAAGGCUAGUUUUUUCUCGAAGCUGAACGUCUUGAGAAGUCUGCUGCAGAAGUGGGCCUUUUUAGUGACGUCAUCACUUCUAACCUCUAGAGACGUCAUUUUUGUCGCGUAUGCAACACAUUAUCCUUGUCAAUCUGCCCAUUUUCAAGUCGAGAAAUAUUGACCAUACCUAAUUUUAUUACUGCUUUCAGUCCUAUCUUCCUGCCGUUUUGUGAAAAUGAAAUAUAACUUUAUUGUUCAGGGAAUGCUGACGCAGUACUCGGGACAAGCCGGCCAAGAGCCUCCGACCCUCCGACUCCUCUGCUCGAUCACCGGCGGUUCUGCUCCGGCCCAAUGGGAGGACAUCACCGGCACCACCCAGCUGACGUUCACCGGCGACGAGGUCUCCUUCACGACCACCGUCUCGGCGAGAUUCUGGCUGAUGGACUGCCAAACGCCACGUGAUGCCGCCCGGAUGGCCCAGGAGGUCUACAACGAAGCCAUCUCCAUUCCCUACAUGGCCAAGUUCGCCGUCUUCGCCAGAAGGACCUUCCCCGUCGAGGGACAACUCCGCGUCUUCUGCAUGACCGACGACAAGGAGGACAAGACCUUGGAGAAGCAGGAGCACUUCAAGAUGAUCGCCAAGUCGAGGGACGUCGAAGUGCUGAAGGGCAAGCAUCAGUUCUUGGAGUUCGCCGGCAACCUGGUGCCCAUCACCAAGAGCGGCGAGCAGCUCAGCCUGUUCUUCCUGCCCUUCCAGGAGAAUCGCCUUGCCUUCAUGGUCAAGGUACAUUUUGCAAUCAGAAUCCUUAGAACCCUUUGAAAGUUGGCCAACAGGUUUAUUGAGGGGGUCAUUUUUAGCAUGAAAAUUGGAAUUUUCUAAAAAUUCGCUAGCACUUCCUCUGAAGGUCGAGAAAAACUCUAAAGAUCAAACUCCCCUGUGAGAUCCUAUUCAGAAUGAGCGUGAUUAGAUGCAUUCAGAAGUUCCCGAUCAGCAAAAAGACAUCACUCAUGGCCCUGAUUUUCAGACGAGGAACAAGGACGACGUCGAAGCCGCCACGGAGGGCAGAAUCGCGUUCUUGGCCGAGCCGAAGAUCCGCGCCGAAUCCCUGCCACCACAGCAGCCGAUCUGCACCCUGGCCAUCAACUUGCCCGAGUACACUGGCGAUAUGCCGACCCCGUCGGUCGUCAAGAAGGACACCACCUCCUUCAGCCAGAAGUACGGCGACGCCAUCAACAAGGUAAUAUCCACCUUUUCUAAAUUUUUCCGGACUCCCAAGUUUCAACAAAGUAUUUCAGGACCUGCCGGACUUUGUCCACCAGAACGUGCUGAAAGGCGUCGGCGCCGAUUGGCCCCGGCUGGCGCGAGCCCUGGAGCUCCCCCACCGCGACAUUCAGCACAUCCGGCAGAACUACCCCGGAAAGGAGGUCCAUCACACUCUCCGGAUCUGGAUCCACCUGAAGAAGGAGGACGCGACGCCGGAGAACCUCGACAACGCCCUGAGAAGGAUCGGCCGCGACGACAUCGUUCGAAGUAUCGCCCACGGCGAGCCCGAGUCGUUGAACUACGGUGCCGCCGAUUCGCCGAGCCAACGUCAUCACGAGUUCUCCGCUCCUUCACCUGUUAGAUACGAAGUGAAGCGGGAGACGAGGACAGAGGACCUUGUGACGCGAGAACCGAUCGUCGCUCAGCCAGUCGCCGUGCCUCAGAAGGUGCAGGUCGCCGAACGGCAUCAUGUGCCCCAGGAGCCGAGUCCGAUUCCAGAAGAGCCGGCGGCCGAGGAAGCCGAGAAGACGGCUGAAGAAGGUGCGUUUUUAGAUCGUUUUAUAAAAUUUAUUUUUAUUCAUAGAGCGCACAUUCAUAGCUCUCUACGGCCAUCACAUAGUUCUUCAGGAACCUUCCAAAUUGCAGAACAACCAGUGUCAGAAGUGAGAACUGUCGUCCGAACCGAACGACACGUUCAUGACACCGAAGAGGGUCCCGUUGUGGAAGAACGAACCAUAACGACGACCUACGAAGACGACGUCGCCGUCAAUGAACACGUCGUCGACCGAACCGUCCCUCUCAACGAGGAGGAGCAGCAAAAGUUGGAGAUGACCUCAGGAACUGAUAAUAGGGUUGACAACAGAUGGGAGGAGCUGAACCGACUGGCCGAGGAGGCGCCGCAGAGGGUUUCCGAAGCGCCGCGAUCGUCGUUGCCCCUCGAAGAGCUUCCGGAGGGCGUCGAGAUGGAGCAGGAGGUCGAGACCGAACGACACGUUGAGGACGAUGGAACCGUCGUCACGACGACUGUCACGACCAGCCACUUCAGCGGUGAGAAUAGCACGAGAAUGAUGGAGAUCAAUACUUAUAAAUAUAUAUUUCACUUUGAAAAAUCUGGCUCGUCUGCACUCUCUCCCUCUCUAACUUGUUCAUGACCGUGAGAGAAAAGAGAGUACAGAGAAGUCAGACAAUUUCUAGUAUGAAAUCUGUGCGUUUUUGACCCUCUUUCAUGGAAGCGAGAGAAGAGAGAGUGUAGAGAAGCUAGAAGAUUGCGAGGAAUGAAAUUUAUGCGUAAAAUUUCGACACGACUUGCUGGCAUCCCGACAGAAACUGUAUGACCUCCUGUGCUCUCUUGAUCUCUCGCUUCCUACUUUUCUAGCUGUCAUGAAGGAAAAGGAUCAAAAAGUGUGGGAAAAUUGUCGUUUACACACCGAGAAACAGGCGUUUACCGUCUCCAUAGAGCGUAAAUCUACUUUACUAUUUGAAAUAUACGCUCUCUGAAUAUUCAAGCAUACAAAUUCGGAUCAGGCACGCUUCUAACCAAAAAAAAAGCUCGAAAAUGCGAACGUUUCACAGAUUCCUGUUCUGUCAAAGAACCCACAAAUUUACAGAAUCCCCAGAGCAUGAGAGAAGUCCAUCGGCACAUGGAGAAGAUGAAGAAGAAGACGUGGAACACCGCCGACGACGUCAUCAGCCCGCCGAAGGUAGUGAAUCACCUUGA